CGUCGAUUGACGCAUUUUCUUUUCCCCAAAGCCGGAGACUACCCGCGUGCUACGAUCCUCAGUUUCUCAUCUAUGGUCUCCGCAGUCGUAUCCUAUUCGCACGUGAGUCUAACCUCUUCGUAUCGCUCUUCAUUCGCACCCUGAGCGCGCCAACAACGUUUUUUCGCGGGGCUCCAUCUGUCCGCGGGAAUUACGAUUUUCGUCGGGAUCUCCGGAGAUUGUCUCUCGACCAGUGAUCUGUCGUGCACCGAACGCCGCUUCCGGUUGCCCCACGGCACGGCUGCAACAGUGACUUCCGGCUCUGACAAGCAUGGCGCAAACAUACAAACAGAAGAUGAACGUGUACAGCAUCGACCAGAUCCUGGGACACGCGAAGGACGAAGAUCACGCGACAUCCUCUGAUGCGAUCGGCGAUGGCGGAGACACGGAACUCGGUCACUUGAGCGAUCAUCAGAUAAACGAUGCCCUGCACGAUCCCUUGAAUCUAGGCGAGUCAGACAGGCCACGCAAGGUCCGAAGGUCCCGUACCACCUUCACCACCUAUCAGCUGCACGAGCUCGAGAAGGCAUUCGGGAGUACACAGUAUCCGGACGUAUUCACCAGAGAGGAGCUGGCGAUGAGGUUGGACCUCUCCGAGGCCAGGGUUCAGGUUUGGUUCCAAAAUCGACGCGCGAAAUGGCGGAAGAAGGAGAAGGCCCUUGGUAGAGACACCAGCUACAUGCACGUAGAACAAAGCGGUGUGAACGAGUUAUCCCUUCACGCUCGCUUGCUUCAAACCGCCGGCGGUGUGCCAGGUGCGGAUCCAUCGGGUGGACCAGCGGGUGUCUUUCCCUGGUUCGUCCCACCGGUGUUCCCACCGCCGUGGACGACCAGCGCCCCGAAGCUACCCCCAUUGCACGCGAUCCUGUCGCAGUACAUCGGGCUACCCCUGCCGCAGAACCUGGCGUCUCUAGGCACGGUCCUCCCCGUCGGAUUGAAUCCAGCAUCGUCCUUGAAUCACAACAACGUGAACGGACACACGCUUGGGAGUCACCUGCACGGCCAUCCCCUGAACCUGGGCGUGCAGAACCUGCCGCAAAACCUGAGCUCGAAGCACGACAAGGAGGAGGACUCGGCGUCAUCCGACGACGAGAUCAGGAGACAGAGCGCCGAGGUGCUCAGAGUAAAGGCCGAAGAGGUGCUUCGCAAGGUGGACAAUUAACUGUGGAGCUCGAAAGGGUGAACUUGAAAAGCCUGGGUGUGUGUUUUGUAAAUAUGUGGAAAGAUCGAAGGAGCCGCGCUCGGAUAUUCUUUCGGGGGACGAUGGUUUGGGGUUGUAGGUUGUCGGCUGCCUUGGGUUUGGGAACAGUGGAGGGAUGCACCGAGCGCGGAUGUACAUUUUAUUGGAACGUUGAGGCGUAAUGCAAUGCAGCUGUGUUUCUGCGUGGAAGGGAGUUGUAGAGGAACUCUAAGAAUUUCGUUGCGAAAUGCUAAAUUUACAUAGUCCGUCGACGUGACGUCAGGUGUGAGCGCGGUACCGAAGUUUUAUUUUGAGUUCGCGGCGGUGAAUGCGUCUUCGAAACCGCUGACGGUUUUCUAGCGAGUGGCUUUCUUUUUACCGGUUCGUUAGAUUGCCUGGAUUCGGAUACCAAGAAUGAAUUUUGUUUUCAGAAAGGAGUAUUACAAUUAUAGUUUGAACAAAGUUGUAGAUAAUAAUUUGAUUCUGAAAAUAUCCAAUAAGUUGUUCGAUAAAUUGCUUUUGGUAACGGUGAAUGCAAAGUGCUGGACACGAAUUUUCUUAGAGAGCCCGGUUCCUUAGAAAUCGCGAAACGAUCGAAAUGAACUCGUAGCGGAUGAAGGACUUUUGUAACAUAUAUGUAUAAUACACAAACGAAUACAUAGUUAUAAAACACGUAUAGUUUCUUUCAUGUAAAUAUGUAGCUAAUUAAUUACGUUAAGAGAAAUA